AUGGACUGGAUGCACGAAGCAUUGCAAAAGAGAUACCGAGCAAUAUUGACUGAUUAUGGUAUUUUAGAAAACUCCACCCCAACUGUGGGUGCCUCGAUCAGUAAUAUUUACUUCAACGGCUCGGUGUCUCUCUACUGCUGCGGCUCACCAAUAGCAGUCGGUUCCAGUGUCGUGUGCCCCUCCGAAUCCGAUAAUGAUGGACAACCUUUCACCGUCAAGAGUGGCAGAGUCAUCCCCGCACGUGCUCUGCUUGAAAACGUUCCUUCUUUAUCAGGCACAUUUUCCACCGGGAACAGCACAUCAAACAAUACAAGCAAUGAUCCGGGCAGCUGUAAGACUUGUCACGAUACAGCAAUAGGUGCAGGUGUUGGUGUUCCGCUCGGUGCCUUGGCUUUGCUGUUUGUUAUUUGGGCAAUUGUUGAGCGGAGGAGAGCCUCUCGGCUCAGCCAUGCUCUGUCAGCCCCAGAACCCAUUCACUCCAGGCCGGUACAACUGGCGACAGAGAAUAGUGAGCUCUCUGGUUAUACGAGGAAGAGGAAUAACAUGGUUGAAUUGGAAGGUGGCCGUCCAGAACUUGAUGGUGGUGAAUCGAUCAGUACGAGGGUGACUUGA